AUGAUUUCAUCUAAUUAGAUAUUGAUUUAUUGUUCGAAUCUAGAUCACAAAAACUGCGUUUAAUAGGUUUGCUUUAAUCUUUCUUGCAAAAUAGGAAGAUUAUAAUGUGUGUAAUGCAUUAAAAAUGAAGAACACUCUUCACAUCCUGAAGAUUAAUAUGAGAUUGAAGAUAUGGUAAAAUAUAUUUAAGAGAUUCAAACUAAAUGUGAUGAACUAGUUGAUAAGUUAAGUUCAUAUGUUUAGCUGAUAGAAGUUGAACUUAAUAUAUUGAAAUAAGGUUUAUUAAAUAAAUAUCAAAUCCCAAUUCAUAAAUUAAAUAAGUUAAAGAAUAUAUAAAUCAAUGUUGCUUUCGAUGAAAUGCUGAAAUUUUAAGAAUCAACAAGCUUAAUAACAUAAAAUUUAGAAAAAUUUACUAAUGAAUUCAUAAAUGAAUUAAAAAGGAAUUAUAAUGAGUUAAGAUUAAAUGAAUUAAACUAUUUAGAAUUAGAUAAAAAAGAGCUUUAAGAAGCAGAAUAAUUAUAUAAAUAAGGUAUUUCAAUUAAUAAAUUUGAGGUUAUACUCUACGAAGCUCUAAUAAGUAUGAGGAAGCACUCAAAUUCUUAGAUUAAUCAAUAGCUUUAAAUCCAAAUCAUUUGCUUGCAUUAUCUUGUAAAGGUAUGAUAUUAUUAUAAAUUGUAGCUUAUUGUUUAAGAAUGCUUAGUAAAUUUAAUGAAGCAAUUAUCUGGGCUGACAAGGCAUUAGCGUUAGAUCCAAAACAUUUAAAUACAAUAUAUGUUAAAGGUAAAAUUAAGUUAAUUUUAGCACGAUCAUUAUAUUGUCAACUAAAAUACACUUAAGCAAUUAAAUGGGCAGAUAUAGGAUUAUAGAUAGAUCCUAAUCAUUAGAACUUUUAUGAUACAAAAGGUUUCUUUAUAAAUUAUAAUUUAGUGAGGAGUUUAAUUUUAAUAGGUUAAAAUCAUGAAGCAAUAACUAUGAUCAAUAAAAUUUUAUCCAUUAACCCUGAAGAUGCAAACUUUUUAAAGUUAAAGGUUGGUUGA